UUGCCAUUCAACUGUUUAUUGAUUAUGUAUAUAUUGAAUUUUCCUGUGUGUAAAUCAUUAGAUGAGAGAGGGAUCCUCUAGGAUGGAAUCGGAUUGAUCGGACAAUGCGACUUAUGCGACGCUAUAUCGAUCUAAAGCGAGAGUGACUGAAAUUAAGGUCAACUGUCAAGACUCAAAUAAACCGGUCAAAUUAGACGGAAAAAAGAAGUGAGGAAAAGUACCUUUCAUGUACCUUUCAAAGUAUCUUGUUUGUAUUUCCGAUUUAGAUCAAAAUCUUAUUUCCGAUCCCUUCCUAGAGGAUUCCCAAUUAACAGACGCGGCAUAUUUCAUACAGCGAUUUCAUAGUCUGUGGACAAAUUGAAUGAACUUCUGCCAUAGAAUCUUUUGUUUGUGACCGAUGGCUAUCAUGAGAAUGUUGAAAACAAAUUUCUGUACACGUGAAGAUGGUAUUACUGAGGCACAGCGGAUUGUUAAAGAACAAAAGUUUACUUUGUUUACGAGCGAGUACAUGUAGCAGAAAUGAAAACAUUUAUAGUAAAGUUAAGCCAUCAGAAUCCACGGAACAGAAUACGGAAAUACAAUUAUCAGAUAAAAAAACAAUCAAAUUUCUGACUGGAAAGUAUGCUCGAUUCGCGAGCGGAAACGUGAUCGCAACAUGCGAUGGUACCUCGGUUAUGACCACUGUAGUCCGAAAAGAUGAAGAAAACAAAAGUGAAAUCACUCCAUUAACAGUGGAUUAUCGGCAGAAAGCUGCUGCGAUUGGUCGUAUACCAACGAAUUAUUUUCGUAGAGAAAUAGGUACCUCAGAAAGUGAAAUUCUUGCGAGCAGAGUGAUAGAUAGAUCUAUACGUCCACUGUUCGACAAAAGAUAUUGUUAUGAAACCCAAAUAGUAUGCAAUUUAUUGGCUGCUGAUGGAAUCAAUGAUCCUGUAGUAUUGGCGAUCAAUGCCGUAUCAGCCACUUUAAGCAUCUCUGACGUCCCAUGGAACGGACCUGUAGGAGCUGUAAGAAUUGGUCUAAUUGACAAUGAGUUUGUAAUUAAUCCUACGAGGCGUAAUCUUCAAGAUAGUAUACUAAAUCUUAUUGUAACAUCCACCUCCAAAAAUUUAAUUCUCAUGAUGGAAGGUACAGCGAACGAGAUUUUAGAGCCAGAUCUCCGGAAAGCUGUACGUUUGGCAGCCAAAGAAUGUCAGCUAAUUAUACAAACUAUAUUGCGGUUGCAAAAUAAAAUAGUCAAACCUAAGGCUAAGGCUAAAAUUCCAGAGGAAGAAACUAAUGUUAUGAUGGAGCCUGUGAAAAAAUUUUCAGAAUGUGAGCUACAUGAAAUCUUUAACCACUAUACACACGACAAAAUUUCACGGGAUAAUGCUAUUCAAUGUUUAAGAACAAGAAUGUUAAAUCAGUUGGCAAAAGAUAAUUCAGAAGUUGCCGUAGCUGCUGAAACUGCGUUUAACACGCUUGUUAGAGACGUAUUUAGAUCUCUAAUGUUUGAAAAUAAUAAAAGAUGCGACGGUCGCAAAUGGAAUGAUUUGAGAGAUAUAAAGUGUGAAGUAGGUAUGUUUGAACCACUUCAUGGUUCUGCAUUCUUUCAAAGAGGACAGACUCAAGUUAUGUGUACUGUCACUCUUGACUCUGUAGAAAACGCCAUUAAGAUGGAUGCAAUUUCGUCACUGGUUAGUGGUAUCAAAGACAAGAAUUUUUUCCUACAUUAUGAGUUUCCACCAUAUGCAACUAACAAUACCGGAAGGGUUACUGGAUUUAACCGUAGAGAAAUAGGUCACGGAGCGUUAGCAGAGAAAGGUUUGAAAGCAGUCAUACCAAAAGAUUACCCUUUCGCUAUAAGGCUUACAAGCGAAGUGUUAGAGUCAAACGGUUCUUCAUCGAUGGCUUCUGUGUGUGGUGGCAGUAUGGCGUUAAUGGACGCAGGCGUGCCAAUAUCGUCUCCAGUUGCCGGCGUAGCGAUUGGAUUGAUAUCAAAGCCCCUCGACAGCGACCAGAACGAUAUAGGCGAUUAUAGGAUAUUAACGGAUAUAUUAGGUAUAGAGGACUAUUUAGGUGAUAUGGAUUUUAAGAUAGCUGGAACGAAAAAAGGAUUUACCGCGUUGCAACUCGAUGUUAAAGUACCAGGUUUGCCUUUGAAAGUGAUAAUGGAGAGUAUUCACAGUGCAAGCAUGGCAAAAAGUAAAAUAAUUCAAACCAUGAACAAAGUGAUAUCAUCUCCCCGUGAGGGUAAAACGGAAAAUAAACCGAUUUUCGAAACUUUUCAAGUGCCCAUAUUUCAGAGAGCGAAGUUCCUUGGGCCUGGAGGCUAUAAUGUGAAGAAAAUCUUAACAGAGACUGGCGUGCAAAUAAAUCCGCAAGACGAGGACACGUAUUCUCUGUUCGCGCCUAAUAAAGCCGCGAUGACCGAAGCGAAAGAAAUGAUCAACCAACUUCUUACGAACGAGGUUGAGCCGGUAUUAAUGUUUGGUGAUAUUUACACGGCUAAGAUCACCGAAAUUCGUGACACCGGGGUCAUGAUCAUAUUGUACCCUAAAAUGCAACCGACGUUGUUGCCCAAUUCGCAGCUGGACCAGCGUAGAAUUCACCAUCCUUCUGUACUAGGUCUCGAGGUCGGUCAAGAGAUACAAGUGAAAUAUUUCGGACGAGACCCGGUCAGUGGAAUGAUUAGAUUGUCGCGUAAAGUGUUGCAAACACCGCAGAUCUCGGAAAUGCGGAAUCUCGGCAUAGCCGAUGAGAACGGUAAUUAGUAUUUCUGACCGAACUAUUUUCCAUUUGUCAGAAUGGUUAAUCUGUUAUAUCCGAUAAUGUGCGAUAAUAGAAAGAAAGGCACUUUCCACCUGACACUGAGUGUGUCAGAUCUGCAGAUUACCAAAUGUUUUCGGAAUCCUUUAUUAGUGUAUAAUAUAUAUAUCAUUAUUAUUUCUAUCAGUAUGUACAUAUAAUUUUUUACGAAGUAUAUUAUUGAAAGAAUAUUACAUUGUAAAAGAACAUUUUAUUGUAUAAACCCUUUAUCGUCUCGCCAAACGCUCGAGAGUAAUAGACGUUAUAUGGACAAGUGAUGCGUGACGCUAAGGAGGAGAGUCUAUUGACAUGAACUUGAAGAGGUACGAAGUAAUUUUGUUCGGGUUAU